AUGAUCAUCGGCAAUCUGUAUGCCAUCUCGGCCAUCGCCGUCAUCGGCGGUGGCCUGUUCGGCUUCGACAUCUCGUCGAUGUCCGCCAUCAUCACCACUCAGUCCUAUCUGUGCUACUUCCAACAAGGAGCCGUCAAUGUGGAUGCACAGGGUAAUCCUACAUGUACUGGGCCGAGGCCUGACGUACAGGGCGGUAUCACCGCCGCCAUGGCUGGAGGUUCCUGGCUGGGCGCCUUGAUUUCCGGAUUUGUUUCUGAUAAUCUCGGCCGCAAAAUGUCUAUCAUGAUCGGCUCUGUCAUCUGGUGCAUCGGGUCUAUCAUCAUCUGCGCUUCGCAAAACAUCCCUAUGCUGAUCGUCGGCCGCGUCCUGAACGGUAUCAGCGUCGGUAUUUGCUCGGCCCAGGUUCCAGUGUACAUUACUGAAAUGGCACCCCCCACCAAGCGUGGUCGUCUUGUCGGCAUGCAACAGUGGGCCAUCACCUGGGGUAUCAUGAUCAUGUUCUACAUCUCCUACGGCUGCACCUUCAUCAAGGGCACCGCCUCCUUCCGCAUCCCCUGGGGCGUGCAGAUGGUCCCCGCCAUUCUCCUCUUCAUCGGAAUGAUCUUCCUUCCCGAGUCCCCCCGAUGGCUCGCACGCAAAGACCGCUGGGAAGAAUGCCAUGCCGUGCUCACGCUCGUCCACGGCAAAGGCGACCCGAACUCGCCGUUCGUCCUUAGCGAGUACGAAGAGAUCAAGACCGUGUGCGAGUUCGAGCGCCAAAACGCCGACGUUUCCUACCUCGAGCUGUUCAAGCCGUCGAUGCUCAACCGCACUCACGUCGGUGUGUUCACUCAGAUCUGGUCUCAGCUCACCGGCAUGAACUCCAUGAUGUACUACAUCUUGUAUAUCUUCGCUAUGGCCGGUCUCGAGGGCGACAACCUGCUCGUCUCGUCCAGUAUCCAAUACGUCAUCAACGUCUGCAUGACUGUCCCGGCUCUCCUCUGGGUCGACCGCUGGGGCCGCCGUCCCACGCUCAUUCUCGGCGCCAUCGGCAUGCUCACCUUCAUGUUCCUCAAUGCCGGCCUGAUGGCCACAUACGGACACGCGGCGCCGCCGGGCGGCCUGGGCCACAUUGAGGCCCAGUCGUGGGUCAUCAAGGGACCUGCCAGCAAGGCAGUCAUUGCCUCGACCUAUCUAUUCGUUGCCUCCUACGCCAUCACCUGGGGCCCCGUCAGCUGGGUCUACCCGCCCGAGCUGUUCCCGCUCCGCGUCCGCGGCAAGGCCAACGCCCUCUGCACCUCCUCCAACUGGGCCUUCAACUUCGCGCUCGGCUACUUCGUCCCGCCCGCCUUCGCCAGCGUCGCCUGGAAAGUCUACAUCAUCUUCGGCGUCUUCUGCACAGCCAUGUGUCUGCACGUGUUCUUCAUGUUCCCUGAGACAGCAGGCAAGACUCUCGAAGACGUCGAAGCGAUCUUCACCGACCCGACGGGCAUUCCGCUCAUUGGACGCCCCGCGUGGAAGACGAAGAACGAGUUCAGGAGUGGCGCUGAGAGGGAGCAGGUUGGAUUUGUGGAUGGGGAUGAGGAGAAGGGUUCGAAUGGAGCUGUUGUGCAGCAUGAUGAGGCUUCGAAGAUGUAA